UUCCAAAAUGGCAACACUCAAGGAUCAGCUGAUUGUGAAUCUUCUUAAGGAAGAACAGAGCCCCCAGAAUGAGAUUACCGUCGUUGGGGCUGGUGCUGUUGGCAUGGCUUGUGCCGUCAGUAUCUUAAUGAAGGACUUGGCAGAUGAACUUGCUGUUGUUGAUGUCAAGGAAGACAAAUUAAAGGGAGAAAUGAUGGAUCUCCAACAUGGCAGCCUUUUCCUUAGAACACCAAAAACUGUCUCUGGCAAAGACUAUAGUGUGACUGCAAACUCCAAACUGGUUGUUAUCACAGCUGGGCCAUAUCAACAAGAGGGAGAAAGCCACCUUAAUUUGGUCCAGCGUAACGUGAACAUCUUUAAAUUCAUCAUUCCUAAUGUUGUAAAAUACAGUCACAACUGUAAAUUGCUUGUUGUUUCCAAUCCAGUGGAUAUCUUGACCUAUAUGGCUUGGAAGUUAAGCGGCUUUCCCAAAAACUGUGUUAUUCGAAGUGGUUGCAAUCUGGAUUCAGCUCGGUUCGGAUACCUGAUGGGGGAGAGGCUGGGAGUUCACCCAUUAAGCUGUCAUGGGUGGGUCCUUGGGGAGCAUGGAGACUCUAGUGUGCCUGUAUGGAGUGGAGUGAAUGUUGCUGGUGUCUCCCUAAAGAAUCUGCACCCUGAUUUGGGCACGGAUGCAGAUAAGGAACAGUGGAAACAAUGCAGAUACACUGUGGGGGAUCCAGAAAGAGCUGCAGUUUUUUAA